AUGAAAUAUAAACUUGAACCGACAUUCGGACUAUUAUUUCUAAUUGUACUGAUUUCCAAUUUUACUUUUGCUUUUGAUUGCUAUUUUUGUGAAAACUGUUUAAAUUCUCAACGUGGUGGUCGUAUAUCUGCUCGUCCAGGAGAUUGGUGUUAUAAAAUUGUAUGGCGAUCGGGUCGAGGAAAUCAACAAAUCGUUUCACGUGGUGCAUCAGCUGAUUGUCGACAGAACAUUUAUAAUGAUCCAAGUAUGAGUAUACCUGGAGUUUUUUCAGGUACUGCUCGAUACUGUUGUCAAACUCAUCUCUGUAAUUCAACACCGACACAUGUUAACUGGAAGAAUAUUAAUAAUUAA